AUGUCCACAAUGCACAAGCAGGAUCCAGAGCCCUAUGUAGACUGGGGCCACCUGCCCCUCAACAUCCUGGCUGAAGUUAAGUCGGCGCUGGAUGCCAGCCAGGCUGUGUCCAUCACUCUAACAUCAGCCCGACUUGUCAACCGACACUGGAACCGGUGGGCGACGGACGAGGUGAUGUUCAUGAACCUCUCGAGAGACUCCCACCUGAACUCAAGGAUGGACGCGAUCGUCAAGAGGUUCACCCGCCUGCAGGCCCUGUCGUUGCGUCGCUGCACUGACGACAUGGGCCCCGGCCUGAGGGCCUUGAAGGAACUGCGGCACCUGUGGCGGAUGGAGUUCAAGUACUGCGAGAUGACCGACGCGGCCCUGGCAGACGUGGGCUGCCUGACCAGCCUCAAGACCUUGGCCCUGACCGGCUGCUGGGGAGUCACUUGUCAGGGCCUGGAAUCCGUGGCGCGACUCCCCUCCCUCACCCACCUCGAUCUGCGCGGGAGCGAAAAGGUAACCGACAGGGGCCUCAGGGCCCUGUGCCGGCUUAAGAGUCUCACCAGCUUGGGUCUGAGGGGCUGCGGUUGGUCGGCCGAGUGCGGGCUGAUAACCGACGAGGGCCUGGCACAUGUGACGUCACUGGCAUCUCUCGCUCGGCUGGAUUUGUGCUGGUGCGGGGAGAUCACAGACGAGGGGAUGAGCCAGGUGGCAGAGUUGAAGUCCCUGGCGCAGCUGAGCCUGCACGGGUGCCGGAAGGUGACCGACAGGGGCAUUGAGAGAGUGCGGCAGUCGGUGCUGCCCAGGCGGUUAAGCACGGGAUGGAGGUAA